CAAGGGCUAUCUCCCUUCUACAGACAUUUGAUAAAAUCAGGAACUUCACAUACAACUCGGGAAGAAGUUCACCUCAGAACCUAUUAGGGCAAACUAUGAAAACUUGUUAGGGUCCUUCUCCUAUCCUGAGAUCCAUCAGCAAAGGGACUUCACGGAGUCCGAGGAUCUCACUUUUUUCUUGUUUUUUCCUUUUUUUCUUUUUUUUUCUUUUUCUUUUUCUUUUUUUAAUGUAAUUUUUUCAAGUCAGUUAUUCUGGAUGUUUGAAAACUGAAUUAAGAAAAAUUCACUCAGAAGUUGGCUGAAUGUUGCAAGCUUGCAAAAUGGAAGGAUUUCCCCUCAUUCCCCCUCCCUCUGAAGAUAUGGUACCCUAUGAGUCAGACCUCUACCGACAGCCUCAUGACUAUUACCAAUAUCUCAACAGUGAUGGAGAGAGUCAUGGUGAUCAUUAUUGGGAAUAUCAUCCACACCACAUGCACAGUGAGUUUGAGACCUUUGGAGACAAUCACUUCACAGAACUGCAGAGUGUACAGCCUCCCCAGCUGCAGCAGCUGUACAGGCACAUGGAGAUUGAACAAAUGCAUGUCUUGGAUUCUGCAAUCCCAACCACACACAUCGGACUCAACCAUCAGGUGUCCUAUUUGCCCCGGAUGUGCCUACAGUACUCCUCUCCACCGCAGCCCAGUUCUGAUGAGGAGGACAUAGAGAGGCAGAGCCCCCCAUUGGAGGUAUCAGAUGGGGAGACUGAUGGUGUGGACCCUGGGCCUGGAAUUAUGCAUGGAGAAACAGGUAGCAAGAAAAAGAUACGUCUGUAUCAGUUCCUUCUGGACCUUCUUCGCAGUGGAGACAUGAAGGACAGCAUCUGGUGGGUGGACAAGGAAAAAGGUACUUUCCAGUUCUCCUCCAAACACAAAGAAGCAUUGGCACAUCGCUGGGGCAUCCAGAAAGGCAAUCGCAAGAAAAUGACCUACCAGAAGAUGGCACGGGCUUUGAGAAACUACGGCAAGACAGGGGAGGUCAAGAAAGUCAAGAAGAAGCUGACCUACCAGUUUAGUGGAGAGGUGAUGGGAAAGGGGGUCACUGAUAGGAAGCAUUAUCCUCACUGAGGCCAUGGGACCCUAAGCAAGAAAAAUAUUAAGACCUCCUGGCUGGGUACCAGCAGAGGAGAUGGACGCAUCUUUCUCUUUGCUUCCUGUGCCCCCUUCUCUGCCUUUAAAUGGCCUUUACCGUCAGAUGUUUCUGGUACGAAUUCCUUUCUUCAGCAUCUGAGAAUCCUAAACGUGACAGAAUUCUUUGCUUCCAUCCUACAAGUUGGACAGAGUUGGGAAAUUUAAACAAUGUACAAAUAUAUUAUUGUCAGGAAAGAUUUGGUUUGAUUGUAUUGUAACUAAAGAAUACAGCUGAUGAAGUUUUGCCUUCAAAGGUGGUGCUGUGUCAUUCACAGUGACACUGCAUUAGCUUACAGCUUUCAAACUAGCAUUAAUACAGGCUCUGCCGCAGCUCUCAAAGCUAGAGAGAAGUUUGCAGAUCUUGGAAUGAUACUCGUUCUUUUAAAUAGUAAUAACUUGUACAUAUUUAAUAAAAUUUGAUAUAAUGAA